AGUUGGAGCAGUUCAUUAUCGUCUCUCCCUCAGCACCCGCCUUCUUUCUUCUCUUCGCGGAGGCUCUGUUUCUUAUCCAAAUUCCCGCAGCCAUUAAUGUCCAAAUUCCUGCUCUCUCACUCCUGCCUUCUCACCCUUCCCCACAAGCACCAUUCCUUUUCCCUCCACAAUGCCGUCCUCCCCCCCAUCCGCUCAGUUCUCUCUACUGAGAAGCGGGGUAGAAAGAAGCGGCAGUCGCGGCAGCAACAAUUGCAACAAAAGGACUACGAUUCCACUGUGCUUGAGAAGUCCCUUCGCUUCACUUUCAUGGAGGAACUCAUGGACCGCGCUAGAAACCACGAUCCACUUGGCGUUUCUGAUGUCAUUUAUGAUAUGGUUGCCGCUGGAUUGAGCCCUGGUCCUCGCUCCUUCCAUGGCUUGGUUGUUUCACAUGUUCUCAAUGCUGAUGCUGAGGGAGCGAUGCAAUCCCUGAGAAAGGAAUUAAGUACUGGACUUCGUCCCCUUCAUGAAACGUUUGUUGCAUUAGUUCGGUUAUUUGGUAACAAGGGUCUUGCUACUAGAGGCUUAGAAAUCCUUGCAGCCAUGGAGAAAUUGAACUAUGACAUUCGCCAAGCUUGGCUCAUUCUUAUUGAGGAACUCGUAAAGAACAAAUAUUUAGAAGACGCCAAUAAAGUGUUCUUAAAGGGUGCCAAAGGGGGCCUCAGAGCCACGGACAAGAUUUACGAUCUUCUAAUCGAGGAAGACUGUAAAGCUGGGGACCAUUCAAAUGCCUUGGAGAUUUCUUAUGAAAUGGAGGCUGCUGGGCGGAUGGCAACAACCUUUCAUUUCAAUUGCCUUCUCAGUGUCCAGGCUACUUGUGGAAUACCUGAAAUUGCUUUCUCAACAUUUGAGAACAUGGAAUAUGGAGAAGAUUACAUGAAGCCUGACACUGAGACAUAUAAUUGGGUGAUCCAAGCAUAUACAAGAGCUGAAUCUUAUGAUAGGGUGCAAGAUGUUGCUGAGUUACUUGGCAUGAUGGUUGAAGACCACAAGCGUCUACAGCCUAACAUGAGAACCUAUGCGCUCUUGGUAGAGUGUUUUACCAAGUAUUGUGUUAUACGAGAAGCCAUCAGGCAUUUUCGUGGGCUAAAAACUUUUCCAGGUGGAACAAAAGCUUUGCAUCAUGAAGGAAGUUUUGGUGAUCCACUUUCCUUGUAUCUUCGAGCUUUAUGUAGAGAAGGUAGGGUUGUAGAGCUCUUAGAAGCAUUAGAAGCUAUGGCUAGAGACAACCAACAGAUUCCUUCGAGAGCCAUGAUCUUGAGCAGAAAGUAUCGAUCACUUGUGAGCUCAUGGAUUGAACCUUUACAGGAAGAAGCUGAACAUGGAUACGAGAUAGACUACAUUGCAAGAUACAUUGAAGAGGGUGGACUCACUGGAGAACGCAAGAGAUGGGUGCCUCGAAGAGGAAAAACUCCUCUAGAUCCUGAUGCAGAUGGAUUCAUCUAUUCAAAUCCUAUGGAAACAUCCUUUAAGCAACGAUGUCUAGAAGAUUGGAAGAUGUACCACCGAAAGAUUUUGAAAACCUUGCAGAAUGAAGGACUUGCAGCUCUUGGGGAUGCAUCUGAAGCUGAUUAUCUUAGAGUCGAGGAGAGAUUGAAGAAAAUUAUAAAGGGUCCCGAUCCAAAUAUUUUAAAGCCAAAGGCUGCAAGUAAGAUGCUUGUAUCAGAAUUAAAAGAAGAAUUGGAAGCACAAGGUUUACCGAUUGAUGGAACUAGAAAUGUUCUUUACCAGCGUGUUCAAAAAGCAAGGAGAAUAAAUCGGUCUCGUGGUCGGCCCCUUUGGGUUCCUCCAGUGGAGGAGGAGGAAGAGGAGGUUGAUGAAGAGCUGGAUGAACUAAUUUCACGAAUAAAGCUACACGAAGGAAACACAGAGUUCUGGAAACGCCGUUUUCUUGGAGAAGGCUUGGACAGUAAUAAUGUUAAACCUUCUGAAGAUGAUCAGUCAGAACCUCUUGAUUCUUUGGAUGAUGUUGACGUUGUAGAAGACGUUGCAAAGGAGAUUGAUGAAGAAGAAGCCGAGGAGGAAGAGGAGGUUGAACCAACUGAGAAUCAAGAUGGUGAAAGAGUUAUUAAGAAGGAAGUUGAAGCUAAGAAGCCUCCUCAAAUGAUAGGUGUCCAAUUGUUGAAAGACGUUGACCAAACCUCAACAACAUCCAAAAAGUCAAGGAGAAGACGUUCUCGAGCAUCAGUUGAGGAUGAUCGUGAUGAAGACUGGUUUCCUGAAGAUUUAUUCGAGGCAUUUGGAGAGUUGCGAAAGAGGAAAAUCUUUGAUGAAUCUGACAUGUACACAAUAGCUGAUGUUUGGGGUUGGACUUGGGAGAGAGAACUUAAGAACAGACCUCCCAGGAGGUGGUCACAGGAAUGGGAAGUGGAGUUGGCCAUUAAAAUUAUGCACAAGGUGAUUGAAUUGGGUGGGAUACCAACAAUUGGCGACUGUGCCAUGAUCUUGCGAGCUGCCAUCAAGGCUCCUCUUCCGUCUGCCUUUUUUAAGAUCUUGCAGACAACUCAUAGUCUUGGCUAUGUAUUUGGGAGCCCAUUAUAUGAUGAGGUUAUUACCCUGUGUCUUGAUCUUGGGGAACUAGAUGCAGCCAUUGCCAUCGUAGCAGAUCUGGAAACCACAGGAAUCUCGGUUCCCGACGAAACACUCGAUCGGAUAAUCUCCGCUAGACAGACAAAUGAUGCUGCACCCAAGCGUGAUUCGCCCAUUGAUAUUACACUCAAUGAUCAUAGUUUAGCCAGUGAUGAAGAAUCAUAAUCAUCAAACAUGUUCUUGUUUUCCUUUUGUACAGUUCAGUUCUAGAACACUGGAGUUGAAAAAUUUUGAUCUGUUAAUCCGUAAUCAAUCACUUGCUUUACUUUAUUUAAUCGUUUCACAAAUUGUUCUUGGCACUGA